AUGUUUCGCCAUCUUAUGAGCUCCAAGGUGCGCUCUAAUGCAGGCUGCUGGACGUGUCGUCUCCGUCGCAAGAAAUGCGACGAAAAACGUCCAGUUUGCGAUUCCUGCGGGGCUCUAGAGAUCACAUGUUACUUCAGCGAUGAGAAGCCAGAAUGGAUGGAUGGCGGAUCACAGCAGAAGGCCAUGGCUGAGAAGAUCAAGGCUCAGGUCAAGAAACAAGCAAGCCAGCGUCGCGAUCGCAAGUAUAUGGAGCUGCUUGAGGUUGGCACUCGCGAUGUUACUCUCCAGUCAAAAGACCCUCAACACCAACAGCAAACUCACGAUCCUGCCAUGGCCGGUGCAUCCGACACAGACCCUGCUUCGGGUCAUGAGUUCGGAACAACUCCAGAGUCUAGCAAUACCAGUGGCGCCUCUCCUCCCGAAAUGCCCUGGCACAGUCACUUCUCAGCUCCUACCGAGGACCCUAGCAGCUCAACUGGCGCAAGUACAGAGGUCCAUUUCGUCAUGAUCUACCUCGACUAUGUCUUCCCUCAUCUAUUCCCUUUCUAUCGUCCUCCUAUCCUUGCUGGCGGCCGUGGCUGGGUAUUGGACGUUAUGCAGAGCAACAAGUCCGUCUGGCAUACGGCCAUCUCACUUACUUCAUACUUCUUCAGUAUCGUCAUGGCCAACGGCGAGAUCGAGCACACAGAGUGCACAAACCGCAUGGUUCAUCAGUUACAGUCUCAGCUGGAGAUGGGUCUAAGAGAGCUGCAGCGUGAGAUGACGGCGGUCAACCACAAAGUUUCAUGCGCAGGGGCUCGAGACAGACUUCUUGUCCUCCAGGCUAUUCUGCAAAUGCUCAUCUUUGAGGUAUCGACCAGUAACAAAGAUCAUUGGAAGAUGCAUCUCGAUGCCGCUAUCACCAUGUUCCAGCAAAUCCUUCCCAAACCCGAGCAUUGGAAAGAGACGUUAGAAGCUCUUUACAGCUACAAAUGGCCACCCCCUGAGAUGGGUGUACGUCGACCUUUCAGCACGAACCAAGCCGCGCUCCGCUUCUUCACAGCCAACGUUCUCUACAUCGACGUCAUGUCCAGCAUCACCCUCGAGCAGGCACCGCGCCUUCAAAAGUACCAGGAAACGGUCAUGCCCAGUUGCAAGGCUCAUGUUGCACCACAAGAAGUCCGCAUCUCGGGAUCUCUAUUCAUGGAAGAAUACGUCGGCCUUCACAAUUGGGUCAUUCAGAUCAUCGGCGACAUUGCUUCCCUCGACGCCUGGAAGAAGGAGCAGAAGAAGGUCAACUCUCUGUCGAUCAACGAACUGGUUCAGCGGGGCAAAGUACUCGAGGGUGCUAUUAGGGGAGGCUUGGCUGUUGUUGAGGCACAAGCUCAGAUGCCCGGCCCCUUAUACGAUCCCCUUAUGAGUGUAGUCGCCAGCCCAAUGCACAACCAUGAUAUCAACACUAAGCAAGCCCCUGCCCUUGCGGCCAACAAUAUGAUCUGGCUCUACGCCGCACUCACAUACCUCCAGGUCGUCAUCUCCGGUUGGCAGCCCUCUUGUCCCGAAAUUGGAUGCUCCGUUAAGCACAUGACGCACCUCUUAACUACCCUCCCAUCCAACACCUGUCUUAGAACCAUGGUCUUCCCAUUUUGUAUCGCAGGAUGCCUCUCGCCUCCAGAGGAUGAGGGGUUGUAUCGCGCUAUGGUCGAUAAUAUGGGACCUGUGAGUGUAUUUGGCACGGCCAGGGAAGCACUACAGAUCAUGGAGAAGGUGUGGUCUAGACGAGAUCAGAUCGAUGAGAGUUGGGAUGUGGCUAAGUGCAUGAAUAUUCUUGGACAUGGAGUUCUGCUGAUUUAA